AUGUUCUGGAAAAGCGAGAGCCUGGUUCCUCUGCCCGAGGGGAACAGAGUCGUGACUGAAGGGUUUCUGGCCGAAAAGGUAAUGUCAGCGGACAGGGAGCAUCAGCAAGGCGCGUCUCGCUGCGUGGAAAACAGCGUUUCUCGGACCGUGUCUCACUCGGACAGCGACACGUUGGGAACUAACAUGGAGAAGGAUGUGAUCCGAUCCUCCCCCAGCCCUCCGUCUACCCCCUCGAUUUCAUCUCCGCCUUCAUCGUCCUACUCCAACAUCUCCGCCGACAAGAACAUCUGUGCCAGCUGUGGUUUAGAAAUCCUAGAUAAAUAUCUGUUGAAGGUGAAUAAUUUGAUCUGGCACGUCCGCUGUUUAGCCUGUUCGGUCUGCAGAACUUCCCUGCGCAGGCACGCCAGCUGUUACAUUAAAAACAAAGAAAUCUUCUGCAAAGUGGAUUAUUUCAGCCGGUUCGGGACCACCUGCGCCCGGUGCGGGCGGCAGAUCUACGCCAGUGACUGGGUGCGCCGGGCGCGGGGCAACGCCUACCACCUCGCCUGCUUCGCCUGCUUCUCGUGUAAGCGGCAACUGUCCACGGGGGAGGAGUUCGGGCUGGUCGAGGAGAAGGUCCUCUGCAGGAUCCACUACGACACCAUGCUGGAGAACUUGAAGCAAGCAGCGGAGAACGGUAACGGCCUGAGUCUGGAGGGAGCUGUGCCUUCGGAUCAGGACAGUCACCCCAAACCAGCCAAGAGAGCGCGGACGUCCUUCACAGCAGAGCAGUUACAGGUGAUGCAGGCGCAGUUUGCACAGGACAAUAACCCGGAUGCACAAACACUUCAGAAGCUUGCGGACAUGACUGGUCUGAGCCGACGUGUUAUCCAGGUCUGGUUUCAAAACUGCAGAGCGAGGCACAAAAAGCACACGCCCCAGCACGCUGUCGGUCAGCCUGGUCCACCUCGAUCUCGUCUCCCUCCGUCUCUACCAGAGGACCUUCAUUACCAAGCUUUCAGUCACCACGAGCGGACCAGGAUGGUAGCACUACAUGGAUACGUGGAGAGUCAUCCAUUUUCGGUACUGACGGCACAGUCAAUCCCACACCAAGCUUUGGCUCUGCCACAAUUGCCAAUUAGCCGCUGA